CAGCACCUUCACCUUCAUCGCGCGCACAAGAACCCUAAAACCCUUCCACAAAAGUAAAGUUUUAGGGCUAAAGGAGAGGGGGAUGAGCUAUGCCGCGAUCAAGCUGGUUCACGGGCCGACCGGUGUCAGCGCUUGCGCCAGCGCCUUCAUCACGCACUCGCCAGUGAAUCCGGCGUCUUCGUCAGGAUGGAAAUCGGGCAAUGCGAAGGACUCCCUCCCCAAUCUUGUUCUCGUCAAGGCCAAUGUGCUGGAAAUCUACAAUGUGCGCUUCCAGGAGGGGGACGAGAAGAGCGCGAGAGGGGGCGAGCAGCUGGUUGGAUCGGCCUGCGUUGCGUUCCCGGCGUCGGCGAAGAGGGGAGGAUUCAUGUCAGGGAUUACAGCAGCUUGGCUCGAGCUUGUUUGCCAAUACCGGCUUUUCGGGAUUGUAGACAGCAUGGCUAUUCUCCAUCGUGGUCGAGACGGCGGUCGUCACCGAGAUGCUAUCAUUCUCGCAUUCCCGGCUGCUAAGUUUUCUGUGUUGUUCUUCGAUGAUGCAACCCAGCAGCUCAAGACGAGCUCGAUGCAUUACUUUGAAGGACCGGAAUGGAUACACUUGAAACGAGGACGCGAAAAAUUCCCUGGUGGUCCUCUAGUCCGAGCAGAUUCUCAGGGCAGAUGCGCUGGAGUUCUUAUUUACAAAUCCCAGUUGGUGAUGAUGAAAGCUGCUCAGGAGGCAUAUGGGCUUGUCGAGGAAGACGAUCCAUCUGGGAACAUCGUCAGUGCGCGCAUUGAGUCAUCGUAUGUAGUAAACCUGCAAGAAUUGGGAAUGAUGCACGUUAAGGACUUCGUCUUUCUCUACGGAUAUAUUGAACCAGUUGUAGCCAUUCUUCAUGAAAGAGAGCUAACAUGGGCUGGCCGUGUCACAUUUCGACGAGAUACUUGUUGUGUAACAGCGCUGAGCAUAAACACCAACACCAAGAAGCAUCCCAGGCUAUGGUUUCAAACAGGUCUACCUUACGACGCAUACAGCCUUUUAGCGGUGCCUUCACCAAUUGGAGGGGUGCUAGUUCUUUGUGCGAACAGCAUUCUUUACUAUAGCCAGGUCUCUACAUGCAUCGUUGCAGUUAACGAGCUUGCCACUCCACCUGCUGGAAGCUUGGAGAUGCCAAGGUCCAAGUUUUCUAUCGAGCUUGAUGCUGCUCAUGCAACUUGGCUCUCAUACGAUGCCGCUCUUUUGUCAACGAAGACAGGAAUGCUUGUUCAUCUGCACUUGAUAUUCGAUGGCAGGAAUGUGCAGAGGCUUGAGCUCUCAAAAUCGAAGGGGUCUGUAUUGUCCUCGAGUUUGUGCACCAUAGGGGACAUGUUCUUUUUUGUCGGAAGUCGGCUAGGCGACAGCCUUCUUGUACAGUUUGGUAGCGCAUCAACCUCUAACUCACUUUCUCAAAGCUAUGAUGGAGAAGACUACGACGAAAUGGACGAGGAUAUAAUGGUGCGACCUUCAAAGCGAAUGCGUCUUGAUGACGAUGCCAAUGAACAAUCUUUGUAUCAGUAUAAGUCGGCGGUUUCAGAUUCACAAAAGAACAUGAACUUCUUAUUUUCCGUGCGGGACUCCUUAUGCAAUAUAGGACCUAUCAGAGAUAUCACUGGCAGAUCUCAGAAUCCAUCGGAACAACCUGGUAGCGCACAAGACCUGAUCGCUUGCUGUGGCCAUGGAAAAAAUGGCUCGCUUAACAUAAUCAGUCGCUCGAUACGACCAGAUUUCAUCACUCAGGUUAAACUUCCCGGAUGCGUAGGCGUGUGGACAGUUUAUCACAGAUCUGGUCAAAUCCCUGCAGAAAAGGAUGAAUACCACGCAUAUCUGAUUAUUAGCCUAGAAUCUCGCACAAUGGUUCUAGAGACCGGCGAGACGCUUGGAGAAGUUACGGACUCUGUAGAGUAUUACACUGAGGGCCCAUCAAUAUCGGCUGGAAACCUGUUUGGAAGGAGGAGAAUUGCCCAAGUAUAUCAGAAGGGAGUCCGGAUUUUGGAUGGAGCCCGUCAAACUCAAGACUUGCAAGUAGGAGAACCAGGAAAUGCUAUUGAGUCUGCAUCGUUUGCAGAUCCGUAUGUUCUUUUGCGAAUGCAAGAUGGGAGUUGUCAGCUUGUUGUGGGAGACUCGGAAACUCUCACUGUAUCUGUAUCAACACCUCCAGAACUCGGUCUUUCUCCUGAUCCCAUCAGCGCUUGUACACUCUACAACGACAGAGGACCCAGUCCUUGGUUGCGAAGAGCCACUGGAGACGUGUGGCAAACACUGGGGGUUCCAGAUGCAAACUUCGCGUUUGACCAGGGGGACAUGUACUGCAUAGUUUGCCGAAAUAGCGGUACUAUGGAGUUUUUGGAGCUUCCGAGCAUGGCCUGCUUAUACAGAGUAGAGAGACUGCCAUAUGGAGUUCAAGUGCUGGCCGAUAAUAGAACUGCUAGCAAGGUCCCCGUUGAUACCUCUUCGAACAAAGAUGAGGAAGGUGCCGAAGAGAUACGGGAAAGAAUGUCGAAGAUCAAGGUGGUAGAUAUCUGCGUCGACACCUGGGGAGAGAAGUAUGGCAGACCAUUUGUGUUUGUGCUUCUAAGUGACGGAACUCUUCUCUCUUACCGAGCAUUCAUCUACGAAGGACAAGACAGUGGUGCUCAUGCCAGCGACGGUACAAGUUUCAGAAAUCUGCGGUUCUUACGGUUACAGCUUGACUUGGAGCUCGGAGAGGAAGACAGCAAUGCCGACGAAGUCCGAUCCGUUCAGAAGAUCAUUCCUUUCAAGGAUGUUGGUGGCCUCCAAGGAUUGUUCCUCGCCGGUGGCAAGCCAACGUGGUUGAUGAUCUUUCGUGAGCAAAUACGUCUUCAUCCACAGGCCAGUGACGGACCGAUCGUAGCGUUUACAAGCUUACACAAUGUGAAUUGUCAGCAUGGACUUAUCUACGUAACUAACGAGGCAUCGCUAAAGAUAUGUCGACUCUCUAAUAUCUUGAACUACGAUAAUGACUGGCCAGUGCAAAAGAUCCCGUUGAAAGGCACACCGCAUCAAAUGGCACACCAUCCCGACCUUAACAUCUACGUUCUCGUCUUGUCAUUCUCGGUCUCAGUGCCAACAUCUCUCGUGCUGCCAUCGGCCGCAGAUGGCCCGCCUGGCCAUCAGAUUGACCAGAGCGAGGCUUCUGAUGGCCUGGAUCCUCAAAAAAUGGUCCAAGUUGAUGACUUUGAAGUUCGCCUUUUAGAACCAAUGGCUCAAGGUGUGCCUUGGGAAACCAAAGAUACAAUCAAGUUCCAGCCCGCGGAAAACGUCUUGACGGUCCGCAUUGUUAGCAUCAAGAAUGCAGCAACGGAACAAGUAGAAAACCUACUGGCAAUUGGAACCGGUUAUCUGCAAGGAGAAGAUGUUGCUUCUCGGGGACGUAUUAUCCUCGUCUCACUUGGAGAGGAUCCUAGUGAUCCAAAAGUCUGGGCUAAAGAACUCUAUUCCAAGGAGCUGAAGGGUGCCAUUUCCGCUUUGGCGGCAUUGCAAGGCCACCUUCUCCUGGCUAUAGGACCGAAAAUCAUUCUUCACACGUGGAAUGGAUCUGAGCUGAUUGGGACAGCGUUUUUUGAUGCUCCACUCUACGUUGUCAGCCUAAACAUCGUGAAAAACUUCGUGCUGUUUGGCGACUUUCACAAGAGCAUAUAUUUUCUUUGCUGGAAGGAAGAGGGAGCGCAACUAGUCCUACUAGCAAAGGACUUCGGCUCGUUGGACUGCUACGCAACCGAGUUUCUGAUCGAUGGGAGUACACUGAGCCUUCUCGUCUCGGACAGCCGAAAGAACAUACAGGUGUUCUCCUACGCUCCCAAGAACGCGGAGAGCUGGAAGGGACAGAAGCUACUCCCCAGGGUGGAGUUCCACCUGGGAUCUCAUGUCACCAAGUUCCUGAGGCUCCAAAUGCUGCAGACGCCAGGUUCUUCCCGCACAAAUCGAUUCGCUCUCUGCUUUGGCACACUUGACGGCGGCAUUGGCUACAUCACUCCGCUCGACGAGCUCACGUUCCGGAGGCUCCAGACGCUCCAGCGAAAGCUGGUGGACUUGGUGCCGCACGUAGCGGGGCUCAAUCCAAAAGCAUACAGGCAAUUCCAAGCAAACGGCGAGCACCACAAGCAUGGCCCGGACAACACAGUCGAUAGCGAACAGCUCAGAGAAUAUGAAUCGCUGUCCCUCGACAAACAAGUGGCCAUAGCUCGUCAAAUCGGCACGACUAGGCAACAGAUUUUUGCAAACUUGCGGGACAUAUCUCUCAGCACGAGCUUCUUUUGAUCGACUUUGGAGGACAAAAUAUCUUUCCCAAGUGUAAGGAGCUCUCCUUUUUCUUUUUCACUUUUUGUUUAGCCCGGAGAAAAGAGAAAACUUCUUUUGUAAUAUGAUUGUCAUGUAUACGCACAGCUUUGUAAAAUUGGAUUAGCCCUUGUUAGUUUCGUU